AUUACAGCGAUUACACUAAAAUCCAUAAGUCACUUCCACGAGCCCCUCGUUUUCAAAAUAAAGCGUGCGUGUCACCCGCAGUGGAAGGAUCUUUUCGCGAUUUGGUGAAAUCGCAAAUGAAAUUAAAUCCAUUAUUUUAUCGUAAAUAGUCAACUCUGUGAAGCAGCAUGACGAAAACCAGAUUCAACACCUACGAUGUGGUCUGCUCGGUGACGGAGCUCCAGAAGCUCGUCGGAAUGCGGGUGAACCAAAUCUACGACAUCGACAACAAAACGUAUCUGAUUCGGCUAGUCCGGAACGAAGAGAAAGUGGUUCUACUGUUGGAGUCGGGAAAUCGAUUCCACACUACCGCCUUCGAAUGGCCUAAAAACGUCGCUCCGUCCGGUUUUACGAUGAAACUGCGAAAACAUUUGAAGAACAAACGUUUGGAGUGCAUGAAACAGCUGGGUGUCGAUCGUAUCGUUGACUUCCAGUUCGGAACAGGUGAAGCGGCUUAUCACGUGAUUCUGGAACUCUAUGACCGGGGUAACAUUCUGCUCACGGAUUGCGAUUUGAAGAUUUUGAACAUUUUGCGCCCGCAUGUCGAGGGAGAGGAAGUUCGAUUUGCUGUGCGGGAAAAAUACCCAACGGAUCGAGCCAAGGAAGAUAAAGGUCCACCGGCUAUGGAGAAAGUCAAAGAGGCCAUCGGAAAAGCACAUCCCGGGGAUACGCUGAGAACGGCUUUGAAUCCGAUAUUGGAAUAUGGUGCGUCGGUGAUCGACCAUGUACUGCACAAAUAUGGUCUGUACGGAUGUCGCAUUGGCGGCGAACUUCCGGCUGAGGCGACGGCAGACAUGCCAAAGAAAGCUAAGAAAAAGCAAAAGGCAAUUGCUAAGGAGUUCUCCAAGAUCUUUAACGUCGAGGAGGAUAUGACCGCACUGAUGUGUGCUAUCAACGAUGCAGAAACCAUGUUGCGGAAGGCCAUGAAGGAACCAUCCAGGGGUUUUAUCAUCCAGAAGAAGGAGUUGAAACCUGCCAAAGAUAAAAAGCAGGAAGAGUUUUAUUACACAAACCUGGAAUACCAUCCGUUCCUAUACAACCAAUACAAGGAGGAUCCGGUGAAAGAAUUCGAUAGUUUUACCGCCUCUGUGGAUGAGUUUUAUUCCACCUUGGAGGGACAGAAAAUAGAUUUGAAGGCCUUUGCGCAGGAAAGAGAAGCUCUCAAAAAGCUAUCCAACGUCCGAACGGAUCAUGCCAAGAGAUUGGAAGAUCUAACGAAAGCUCAGUUGGAGGAUCGCAAAAAGGCUGAACUCAUCACAAGGAAUCAAAACCUGGUGGACAGUGCCAUUUUGGCGGUUCAAAGUGCACUGGCGUCCCAAAUGUCCUGGUCGGACAUCCAGGAUCUGGUUAAAGCGGCACAAGCCAAUAACGAUCCUGUGGCAUCCUGCAUCAAGCAGCUCAAGCUGGAGAUCAACCACAUUUCUUUGAUGUUGAAAGAUCCUUACGGAGCAUUGGAUGAAGAGUUUGAAGAUGACGAAGAAGACGAACACGAGGAUGGAGAAGGAAAGCUAGAACCAAUGGUAGUUGACGUUGACCUAGCUAUGACGGCAUUUGCCAAUGCCCGUCGUUAUUACGAUCAACGUCGUUUCGCAGCCCGGAAGGAACAAAAGACAAUCGAGUCCUCUUCCAAAGCCUUAAAAAAUGCCGAAAAGAAAACCAUGCAAACAUUGAAAGACGUCCGAACACAGACUACAAUUUCAAAGGCUCGGAAGGUUUACUGGUUUGAAAAAUUCUACUGGUUCAUCAGUUCGGAGAACUACUUGGUCAUUGGUGGUCGAGACCAGCAGCAAAACGAGUUGAUUGUGAAACGUUACAUGCGACCAACUGAUAUUUACGUUCAUGCGGAGAUUCAAGGCGCUUCAAGUGUUAUCAUCAAAAAUCCUUCAGGAGACGACAUUCCCCCAAAGACGCUGCUCGAAGCCGGAACAAUGGCUAUCUCGUACAGCGUUGCGUGGGAUGCUAAGGUCGUUACCAGCGCUUACUGGGUUAAGAGUGAACAGGUUAGUAAAACCGCCCCUACUGGAGAGUAUUUGACCACCGGAAGCUUCAUGAUUCGAGGAAAGAAGAACUUUUUGCCUCCUUGCCAUUUAGUAUUGGGCUUGAGCUUCAUGUUCAAACUGGAGGAGAGCUCAGUCGAGCGACAUAAAGGCGAAAGAAAAGUUCGUACUUUCGAUGAAGAGUCGAUCAUGAGCAAAGACGACCGUUCCGAAAUAUCCGAAGCACCUGAUCAGGAAAUACAACUUGAGGAAGGUGACUCCGAUCAUGAUGAGAAAGAUGUUCCUGAAAAGUCGGAGUCUCACGAAGAAGUGGAAGAACAAGUUAAAUCACUUUCAUUGAAUGAAGAUGCUGAUACGGCUGAACAGCCAGCUGUAUCAGAAUCAGACUCAGACGACAGUGACGGCCCAAAGUUUCCGGACACACAUGUCAAAGUUGAGCACGAUACCGGAAAGGUGUCCGUUCAGGCCGAUCCCGUGCUGCAGCGGCUAACCUCGGAGCCGGAUCCGGAGAACGUCAUCUUCCUUGGCGAUAGCAAACCGUUCAUCAUAACUCCGGCUCCGCCCCGCAAGAAGCAGGUCCAAAAAAGCAAACAAAAGGCGAAGGAUAAGGAGAAGGCACGCGAGGAAGCGGCUGCCAAAAACAAGAAGGCAGAAGAUUCUCAGAAACAAGGUCAACUAAAGCGCGGUCAAAAGGCUAAGAUGCGCAAAAUCAAGGAAAAGUACAAGGACCAAGACGAAGAAGAGCGUCAAAUGAUGAUGGAAAUUUUGAAAUCGGCGGGAAAUAAAAACAAUCAAAAUCAGAAGGAUGAAGAAGCACAAGGUAGCGAUCAGAAAAAGUACCCCGGGAAGAAACCACAGCCCCGCCAGAAGCCAGGAGAAUUCGAAGAGCUUGGAGAUGAUACUCCAGCGGCGGCUGAUGUGGAUAUGCUGGAUUCGUUGACCGGUCAACCGAUGGAAGAGGACGAACUGUUGUUUGCCAUUCCGGUGGUUGCGCCGUAUCAGUCGCUGCAGAACUACAAGUUUAAGGUCAAGCUGACCCCGGGAACCGGCAAGCGAGGUAAGGCCAGCAAAAUGGCUCUGCAGAUUUUCCUAAAGGACAAGCACUGCACGAGUCGGGAGAAGGAUCUACUGAAGGCCGUGAAGGAUGAGACGCUAGCCCGUAAUAUACCAGGAAAGGUAAAACUGUCGGCUCCACAAAUGCAAAAAGUACGAAAGUGAUCAAUAGCUAUCGUUGUUUUUACCCUUGAUGUUCACAUUGUCUUAUUAUAGUAUGUAGAGCAAAUGCAGUAAUCUAUUAUACAUUUAUUACGGAAAAAGCA